AUGUCUGACGAAGAGCUAUUUUCAGAAGACUCAUACGAAUUCGAGUUCGAAGAGGAGGACAACGAUAACGAUGGAGGUGAGGAAAAUAGCGCCAUCGAUGAAGAUGGAGAAGAGCAAGGAAUAGAGAAUCGAUAUUAUAUGGCGAAAAGCUACAAAGAUGACGAGGUAGGCAAAGCAAUUGAUGAGUUUAAAAAGAUUAUUGACUCAUUUGUUGACGACAAUGACACAUGUGAGUGGGUGUUUAAGUCGUAUAAACAAUUGGUCAAGCUCUACUUGGCUGAGGGCGAACUCGAUGAAGUAUUGACUACAAUGAGUCAGAUGUUGCCACUUUUGUCACAAUUGAAUAAAUCGUAUGUGGAGGAAUCGUUAUCGCGAAUGAUUGUACGGUUUGCCAAUAUUCCGCGACUGGAGUUUAUAAACAACGUAUACGAAUUGUUGUUAAAUCAAACCUAUUUUCAUAAUGACAAGUUGUGGCUCAAGGUGAAUUCAAAUUUGCUUGCAUUAUAUUUGGAUACUGGUGAAUUGGCAAAAAUACCCGCCUUGUUGAAUGUAAUACAUGAAAAAUUCCCCGCUAUACCUGAAUCCAUACAAAAGCUAUUUACGCUAGAGAUUAUUGCUGGAGAGAUUGAGUAUUUAUUCAAGUUGGAGGAGCUAGAUAUGCCCAAGUUGACAAAUUUGUAUAAACAGAGUAGCAAAUUUACCACUGCAGUUACCCAUCCUAAAAUCUUGGGAGUGAUUAAAGAAUGUGGUGCAAGAGUACAAUUUUAUCGACAAAAUUAUGAAAAAGCUCGUGCUGAAUUUUAUGAGAGUUUUAAAAACUAUGAUGAGGCGGGAGUUGUUGCAAAGAAUAAGAUAUUGAAAUAUCUCGCCCUUUGCUCAUUACUUUGUAAUAAUGAUUUAGAUCCAUUUCAAUCACAAGAAACUCAAUCGUACUCGCAAUUUGCUGAGUUUGAUAAUUUGAAACGAUUGAUUAAAGCGUAUAAGGAUAUGUCGGUGAUUGAAUUCAAUACAGUGUUGUGUAAAGAUGAUGAGUUUUUCAAUGAUGAAAUAUUCAAACAGGCAGCAAAACAGAUUUUGGAGAAUUUGAGAAUUAGAGUGUUACUGAAGAGCAUUGGUGAAUCUGACAUUUCAUUUGUUGAAUUGUAUCAUCUUUUGCAAAUUGAUGGAGAUGAGUUUAACCAAUUAUUGGUGAAAUUGAUGGGAACAGGGAGGUUAAUCAAUGCGAAAAUUGAUUUUGAAAACGAAGUCAUUGUUCAUGAAUCUGCCACCAGCUUGCUCCUACCAACCACAGCAAAACAGAUUUACUACAAUGUCAAGUUGUUGGAUACAUUAACCACCACAAGGGAUGAUAGUAUGGUUAUUGAUGAACCACAAUUGCUCUUUUCAGGUCCUCAACCACCACAAAAUCUCGAUCUUUUAUCAAAGAUGUUUUUUCUAAUAGAUCGUCCCAAGAAGCCACAAGAUUGGUUUAAAUCAAUUGAAUCUUGGUACAUGUAUGUCAUGUCAUUCUUGCCACAACUGCGUCGAUUAGAAAUUAGUCAACAAGAACAAGUUCUUGAUGAAAUUGAGAGGAACAGACAGCAAAGUCAAAGUCAGGGGAAUAAUAAGAAUAGCAGCAACAAUGCUGUGGCUAAUGAAUUGGCUAAUUUCAAUACUGGAUUAUUGAAUUCAACGAUGCAGGAUGCAUAUGAUGAUGGUGAUGAGGAGACUGAGACUGUUGAUGUUCGCAAAGUGAAUUUGUUGCAAUCCUGGGUGAAUGCAUUAAAAAAUUGA